CAAUCCCAAAAGAGAAUGAGGAAGGCCCGGGUCCAUAACAAAAACCCUAGCAUGCAUAGUUUAAAUUUGAGGUAUAGCAUUGACAGAAGUGUGGUGCUCGAAGAAGUCCCAUUCAUUGCACUGAUAGCAGCGAUGGGGAUCGAUCUUAAGGCUGGGGGUAAGAGCAAAAAGACCAAAAGAACAGCACCAAAGUCCAAUGACAUCUACCUCAAAUUACUUGUCAAGCUUUAUCGAUUCCUUGUUCGAAGGACAGACAGCAAUUUCAAUGCUGUGAUACUCAAGCGCUUGUUCAUGAGCAAGGUUAACAAGCCUCCAAUUUCUUUGUCAAGGUUAAUUAAGUAUACGAAGGGGAAGGAGGAUAAAAUUGCUGUAGUAGUGGGGACUGUAACUGAUGAUAUCAGAGUAUAUGAAGUUCCAGCAUUGAAAAUUACAGCACUCAAGUUUACAGAGAGAGCACGUGCAAGAAUAGAAAAGGCUGGCGGUGAAUGCUUGACAUUUGAUCAGCUUGCCCUUAGGGCUCCUUUGGGACAGAAUACGGUCCUUCUUAGAGGCCCCAAGAAUGCUCGGGAAGCUGUGAAACACUUUGGUCCUGCUCCUGGUGUGCCACACAGCCAUACCAAGCCCUAUGUACGAGCAAAGGGAAGGAAGUUCGAGAGGGCUAGAGGAAGGAGGAACAGCAGAGGAUUUAGAGUUUAAGAAGAUAACUUGGUUCUAAUUUUUUUUACAAGUGUUCACUUCUGAAAUUCAACUUUUUGCUAUAGGCGUUGGUGACAGGUUUUAUGAUAUAUUUCUGUUACAAGACAUCGUGAGUCGUUUUACAUUGACGUGUACUAAAAAAACUAGCAUUAGGUUUUGAUUCCCCCUAUUGAAAGGCUAGUCAUUUUUUCGUGAUC